CGAAGCAAACGGCGAGGUUUCAAACCACUUAUAUUGUAGUUGUGUUGCGCAGAAUAUCACAUCGUUAAGUAUUGAUGGGAUUUCAGCCAUAUUAAACGCUGCUCCCAUGUUUUAAAAGAUCUGAUACACAGCUGAAUUGUCUCAGAUCCCCACACAUGCGGUCGUGUCUUCAAGGUGUGAUAAUUUGCUGAACAGGGUUAAAAUGUAGCUAUCUAGUCUGGAACGACACGGAAGACUGUCAGACUGGACCAGCACGAAGCCGGGUGCGCGCUAUCGCUUGUCUUUCUUCAGUCUCACUGGCACACACUACUAAGGCAUCACCAUCUUCUGUGUAGCAAAGCAUUCGGAAUACAGUAGCUUCGGCAAAACAUUUCAUUUCGAGAAGUAAUUUGCCUUUGAGAUGGGAUCCUCAGUGAUGGAGGAUAAGGAUGAGGCCUACACAGAGCACCUAUACUGCUGUGGUGCUGUCACAGAAGUGCUCAAAUUCGGCACCCGUAACCUACACUCUGGCAAUCAACCGAAGGUGCUUUUUCUCAUCAUACCAGGUAACCCAGGUGUGGUUGGCUUCUACAAGACCUUCAUGCAGACGCUUCACCAGACAUUGGGGAUGCGCUACCCUGUGUGGGCAGUGAGCCAUGCUGGACACUGUGUGCCUCCUGAUACUAUGGACAUGAUUGAAGACCCAACAGUGAUGGCAGCGGGGGACGUGUUUGGUUUGAACGGGCAGAUAGAGCACAAGCUGGCCUUCCUCACGGAGCACGUUCCCAGGGACUCUCGCCUGGUCCUGGUGGGCCACUCCAUUGGCUGCUACCUCAUCCUGGAGAUGAUGAAGAGGGAUCCUGAGCUGCAGGUGGUGAAGUCAGUGAUGCUGUUCCCCACCAUCGAGCGCAUGGCGGCGACCCCUCAGGGAAGGGUCAUGACCCCGGUGCUGUGCCGCCUGCGCUAUGUGGCUUACCUGCCCAUCUUCCUCCUCUCUCUUCUACCUGAUGUACUCAAGACCUUCAUGGUGAAGCUGGUCUUUAGAGGGCUGCGUUCAUUGGACCACUCGACCGUGCCGCCUACUGUUAGCCUCAUUAAUGUGGACACCGCUGCCAAUGCUAUGUACAUGGGGAGUCAAGAGAUGUUGGAAGUUCUGGAGAGAGACAACUUCACCAUCAAUCAAAACCUUGACAAGGGAGGUGUUGAACUCCUGAGGACUCUUGGCCCAAUGCAGUGGAACACUUACAAACUGCACUUGUGUUUUACUAUGGAGCCAGUGACCACUGGUGCCCUGUGCAGUAUUAUCAGGAGAUCAAGAGGAAGUUUCCAGAGGGAGACAUCAGACUGUGUAGUCGAGGAAUUCGUCAUGCCUUCGUCUUGGACGCAGGAAAGGAAGUGGCUGGUAUGAUCUUUGAAUGGAUCCGCAAAGAUUUGCAAACAUGGAGCUAGUUUCAAAUACGCUCCAAGCAGCAUGACAGUGUGACCGUGAUUUAAAGAAAUUGUCAUCGAAAUAUCAAUUGGAUAAUGAUAUUGUCGGUUUAUGUUACCUAAAUUAAUGUAAAACUUUAAAGGAGUGAUGCCAUCUGGUAGUGAAAUGAAAGAAUGAAGAUAUUUGUCCAAAUCAUUGUCAAAGCUCUUUAAGCACUAAACCAUUCCCUAGGCUAUAAUGUGUGAUUAUAGCCACUACAGUACCAUCACUGCCUUAUAGUUACAGAGAUAUCAGGUAGGCUUCAACAACCACAUAGUUUUUAUGAAAAUCCCAAAAUUGACUUGUAUUUUGACAUUGGACCCCAAAACUUUGUUCUGUCUGUUUUCUUUCCCGAUUUUACAUUUUAAAAUGAGUUUUUAUUUCGAUAUACUGUAUAGCUAAGUAAUGCAUAAUGACCAAAACUUUGAUACGAUUAUUAAUUCUAAUUGUAUUGAUUUGCGUAUCGCGUUGUAUCUUUAUUGGACCACCAAUCAUAUAAAUAUGUAUUUUUUAUUACCAAAUUUCUGUUGGGUUGGCAGGCAAUUGUGAUACUUCACUUUGUAAAGUAAUGGUAUGUGUUUGCUGAAGAGGACCAAGAGAAAUCAGCUGGAAUCUAUUCAUACAUUUGAUUAGUUCAUAGGUUCUUAAUUACCCUGUAAUGCAAUGUAACUAUUCAAUCAAAAACAACAUCCUUUUUGUUUUGCAAAAAUGCACAUUAAUGUCAAACAAACUCAAAGGCAUAUUAACUCAAACAUGCUUUCCUGAUGCAUGGAAAGAAAGAAUGCUGUUUCUGAAUGAUUCCAGACACGUGCUGAACAUGUUUGAUUGCGCAUGGCAAAAUGUGUUGGCAGAUCAACUCGAUAGUUUUAUUUGAUUGAUGUUUUUCUGUGUUCUGUCAACACAGCCUGAUACAGAUAACUUGUCUCCAUUUCCUGCCCUACAGUGCAGUGCCGGAACAAUGUGUUUUUAGUGCAUGUUUGAUCGAAUUUUGCCAUAAAUCUGUGAUGAAAUAACAAAAAGGCAUGUUCAUCAUUCCAAAAGUUUAACUCCAUCUAAAGUUGGAUUUCCUAUAUUUUGGAAGUCUAAGAAAGUCUAUUUCUGACAAAGGAAUCUGCAGACUUAGUGUUCAUCUUUGACCUCCAACCUCUGACCGAGCACUCCUUCCACUGUUGGCCACCAGCCACUGGUGAUGUAACCAUUUACAGGAAAGCUCUUCAAAAAGCCUUUCUUAAUUUAUGUGUUUGAUGGGGAAUCUUGGUUUAUUAGUUGUCUGGAUGUAUUUGAUAUCUGCCCAUUUUGAAAUGCAAAUUAAUAUGGAAGGCUUAGUGUUAUCUGAAGCUUAGGCUCCUGUUGAAUACACAUUGAGACUAAUGUUGUUUAUACCAGUGUGAUGGAUGAGAUCUGGGCGGAGAGGGAGAGAGAGUUACUGGCUGGGGUUUUGUUCAUCCUAGUCACGACAGCAAUGCAGUAGAAAGGAUUUCAGAUACAGAGACUAACAGAAAUUCAUUAAACAAAGCAAUUGGUGGUUGAUCCUCUACAAAAAAAAAUGUUUUUGAGUUGUGCUCAUGUGUAAAUGUGGUUUUACGUUACUUUAGAUUAUAUUGCUUUAAAUUACUAAUCAUUAUGUACCCUGUAUUAACUAAAUGUUUUGUAAUUGUCAUGAAAAAUAUGAAAUUAAACAUAUAUACAGUACUUGUCAAAAGUUUGGACACCUACUCAUUCCAGGGUUUUUCUUUAUUUUUACUAUUUUCUACAUUGUAGAAUAAUAGUGAAUACAUCAAAACUAUGAAAUAACACACAUGGAAUCAUGUUGUAACCAAAAAUAUAUUUUAGAUUUUAGAUUCUUCAAAGUAACCACCCUUUGCCUUGAUGACAAAAAAGGAAAAUCCCUGGAAUGAGUAGGUGUGUCAAAACUUAUAUAUAAUUAUUAAAAAAUGAUAGAACAAAAGCUAUGUAAAUAUUUUGAAUUGAAAUAAAUUAAGGACAAAUAUU